AUGGAGCCGCCCGAUAAAGCUCAGGAUCAUAAUGAGAGUUCUAAGAAGCACAGCGAUUCUCAAGUUCAAAACGAUGACAACUAUAGCAGCAAUUACACUGCUCAGGCCUCUCCACAAUAUUAUGAUCGAUACGGCCAACAUUAUGAUUCUUUUGAACGUGCUUACCAUUGUUUUUCGCUCUCAGUAGUCGAGAAAUCACACCUAGAGCAGGGGAAACGGAUCAUCGAACGAGUUUCGAAUUGUGGAGUGUAUGAGUUCACUGCCGAAGAAGGUUCAGUCUUCUUGCCGGAUUGGACGAUGGAGAAUUUGCAACUGCAGAAUGGCAACGCUGUGCGCCUGAAGAAUACUACCAUAGAAAAGGGAACCUUCAUAAAAUUGCAACCUCACUCUACGGAUUUCUCAAGCAUGCUUAAUCCAAAAGCAGCAUUGGAAGAGACAUUGAAUUGUGAGGUUGAUUUUGUGCCUCAUCUAGAUAACAAAGAGACAAGCAAGGAAUGGCACAAGUUUGUGCCUUUCACAGAGUUAGCUCUACCUGAUUCAGGUUCUGUUGAAAAAGAGAACCAAACAAUUAACACAGCUCCAAGCAUGGCCACUGAAUCAGAGAUCAGGUCUCGUAAACAUCCAACAGAGGUGGUAUGGUUCAUGCUUGCACAUGGAAAGAGAUUGAAAGAGCUCAAAACAGAGGAUGUCAAAGCUUAA